CGAGAAUGCUACCCAACAUCAAACAAAUGUAACGAAUGCUAAAUGCAUAACGUCAAGCUCUAGUUCCAAUGCAGAUAAAGAUUUGCACCAGGAAAAUGAUGAUGUAAAAGAAGGUGCCUCCCUACAAACAAAAAGAUACAAUCGUUCUAAAGUGAAAAAAAUCACGACGUAAGCAACCUAAGUCUUUUGUCGCGACAGAUGGUGUAAAACAAAUAGUUAGGCCUAGCCUGAAGCAACUGUGUUAUUCAAAGAAAAAAGGAACAGGAAAAUACAAAGGAAUUUCAGACAUGUCUGAGAACACUUCAGAAGUAGAUGAUUCCACUCCCUCAGCUAAAACAGAACCUGACAAAUCGGAGAGUUCUCCUUCUGUGAUUGCAAGCACAAAAAAAAAUGAGAGUUACACAAGGCCAAAACCUGAGAAAAAGAAAGUUUCAACUGAAAAGCGUUCAAAACACCACAAAAGACCUUCCAAAGUAAAAGAGGAAUGGGGAAUGUUGUCACCAUACCUGGACAAAAGUGAAUUGAAGUGUGCAUUAGCCAAGCCUUCAGUGAUCCAGUAUGACUACAAGAGUAGAAUUACUGCUAAUGGAGUUGUUGAACCACACAUCUCCUUCAAGAUGGACAACAUGUUACCUGACCAACUUACUAAGCAAUUGGAAAACUGGAACAAAAGAUUUUCUGCAUCACACAAACAGGGAAGAUCCUAUUCUGAUAGACAAUUCAACGUUCCACCUGGAGCUAAAGGAAAAGGGCAAAGGCCUCAGAAACUGAAGAAAAAGAAACAUAAUUUUGACAACGAAAAUAAACAUGACUAUUUUGAAACUCGAAAGCAAUUCUUCCACCUUCAUCUGGAAAAUCUAAUAUCUCGAGGCCCUUUUUACCAAGCUGCACUGGAAUCUGCAUUGAUAACUUACAUGGGAAUGACUAAGGGCUCUCUGACAGCAAUUAAAGAACUGACUCGUUACUAUUGUCAUUAAAAAGGUCACUGUUCAAUACUAGAGAGACAUUUGUUUUCAUUUAUCUGGUAGAAUUAAGUUUAAUU